CGGCGGGGCGGCCCGGGGGCGGGGGCCGCGGGCGGCCCGGGGCUGGGGAGGCCGCCGCCUCCCUGGGCCUGCCGGGGCGGCCGCCUCCGCGAUGCCGCUGCUAGUCGAGGGGCGGCGAGUGCGGCUGCCGCAGUCCGCGGGGGACCUCGUGCGCGCCCACCCGCUUCUGGAGGAAAGAGCCAGACUUCUCAGAGGUCAGUCUGUUCAGCAAGUGGGACCCCAGGGCCUUCUGUAUGUUCAGCAAAGAGAGCUUGCAGCGGCCUCCCCGCAGGAUGGCUCCAUCUCCAUCCUGGGUUCUGAUGAUGCCACCACCUGUCACAUUGUGGUCCUGAGGCACACAGGUAACGGGGCCACCUGCCUGACCCACUGUGACGGAAGUGACACCAAAGCGGAGGUCCCCCUGAUCAUGAGCUCCAUCAAAUCCUUCUCCGACCACGCUCCGUGUGGAAGGCUGGAAGUGCACCUCGUGGGAGGCUUCAGUGAUGACAGGCAGUUGUCACAAAAACUUACUCAUCAACUUCUUAGUGAAUUUGACAGACAAGAAGAUGACAUUCACUUAGUGACGUUGUGUGUGACAGAACUAAAUGACCGGGAAGAAAAUGAAAAGCACUUUCCCAUCAUCUAUGGCAUCGCGGUCAACAUUAAAACUGCAGAGAUUUACAGAGCCUCCUUCCCAGACCGAGGCCCGGAAGAGGAGCUGCGUGCCGCCCGAGCUCUGACAGGAGGCCCAAUGAUUAGUAUUUACGACGCAAAGACAGAACAACUUCGUAUAGGACCGUACUCCUGGAUGCCAUUUCCACAUGUGGAUUUCUGGCUGCAGCAAGAUGAUAAGCAAAUACUAGAGAUCAGCCGAGAAUAAGUAAGGUCCGGGCCGGGCACUUGCAUGGGUCGAAGGAGUACACAGCCGACUGCUUUUUCCUCGUUAACGCAGUACACCUCCCGUCUUCCGUAACGUUACGACUUCUGUGUACGUGGUGACCUGAGACCAUCCGGACUGUUUAAGAACCCGGAGACACUUCGACAGCUUUGUCAAGAGGGUAACAGAGCCAGCUUAUUCCUCUCUCAGACCCAGAAUCUUGUUUUUCCAGAACCUCUCCACUUCACCUCUGGCUGAGCCACCCCACUUUGUCGAACAUAUUAGAUCUACCUUGAUGUUCUUAAAAAAACACCCAUCUCCAACCAACGCACUGUUUCCCGGAAACAAGGCUCUCCUCUACAAAAAAAAUGAAGAUGGUUUAUGGGAAAAGAUCCCUUCUCCAGGAAGCUAAACACGGGCAUCACCAAAGAGCAACUUUUGGCCUGAGAGACACCACCAUGGGGACCGUGGGGCCUGGAAAGAAUACGAACCAGAAUCCGCAUCCGCUGAAUCCUAGGUCUCCUUCCUUACUGUCCUUCAAAUGACUUUAAAAAUAAAAUCUUAUUUUCGCGAA